GGUCAGCGUUCGGCGUUCGGCGGCAGAUCCAAUUCAUUUAAAGCCAGGACUAAUCUUAAUUCUUAAUCUAAUUGCCUGUCCAUUUGUUCAUUUCAGCUCAUCUACUCCAACUACUCAUUCGGAUUUCGGAGUUAUAAUUCCUUGCCGUACUUGAUGUUCACAAGUCUCUGUAUUAUAAAUGAGCUUGCCGUCCAGAUCUCUGCUGUCCCCGGCCGAGGAGAGCUAUAAGGGCUAGAGACAAAAUGGAACUUUGGGGUUGCCUCUCUUCCCUUAUGGAUCAACCGCGAUGGGUUCUUGCAGUCUUCGCCAUCGGCUUUCUCUCCCUUCUCAAAACCUCCAUCGCCGUCGUCCACUGGCUCUUCGUCUCCUUCAUCCGCCGCGGCAAAAACCUCAAGCGCUACGGCUCCUGGGCCGUCAUCACCGGCGCCACUGACGGCAUCGGCCGUGCUCUCGCCUUCCAGCUAGCCCGCCGCGGCCUCAACCUUGUUCUCGUCGGCCGCAGCCCCGAUAAGCUCCGCGACGUCACGGCCGCCAUCACGGAAAAGUACAACAAGGUCCGGAUUGAGACCGUGCUCAUCGAUUUCGCAGGGGAUCUUGUUGAGGGCGUUGCUAGAUUGAAGACGGCGAUCGAGGGUAUGGAUGUUGGGAUACUCGUGAACAAUGCGGGGAUCUCGUACCCUUAUGCUAAAUAUUUCCACGAGGUGGAUGAGGUGCUGAUUGAGAAUUUGAUCAAGGUGAAUGUGGAAGGGGUGACGAGGGUUACUCAUGCCGUGCUGCCGGGGAUGGUCGAGAGGAAGAGGGGAGCGAUUUUGAAUAUUGGGUCGGGGGUCGCUGCGGUUCUUCCAUCCGAGCCACUCUAUGCCGUCUACGCUGCAACCAAAUCGUAUGUUGAUCAAUUUUCAAAAUGCCUUUACGUUGAGUACAAGGAUAUGGGAAUAGAUGUGCAAUGCCAGGUACCCUUAUACGUCGCAACGAAGAUGUCAUCGAUUCGGAGAUCUUCCUUCUUCGUGCCAUCAGCUGACACCUAUGCCCGCGCCACCGUAGAUUGGAUUGGCUAUGAACCGAGAUGCACGCCCUACUGGCCUCAUUCUCUUGUAUGGACCUUGGUCUCAUUGUUGCCUGUAGCUGCAGUUGAUAAAUGGCGCCUUGGCUUCUGCCAAAAUAUCCGCAAGAGAGGCAUGCGCAAAGAAUCCAGAAAGGAGAAGUAGGAUCUAAAGAUAUCUGUAGAUUAUUUCUCAUGUAGACUCGAUUGGUUAUUUCUGUAUUGCUCAAUAGCUGUUUCUUCUUCCAUUUGUUGUGGAUUAACAUUGAACAUAUAUAUUGUGGUGUUUAUGCUUUAGGUGCUUGGACGAUUGCUCCA